CAUGAAUUGGCACAUGAUAAUCUCUGGGCUUAUCGUAGUGGUGCUUAAAGUUGUUGGAAUGACCUUAUUUCUGCUGUACUUCCCACAGAUUUUUGGCAAAAGUAAUGAUAGCUUCAUCCCCACAGUGAGCUACGGAACAGUCUCACAGACUUCUGGAAACAGUUCCCUAAGCCCUGACAGCUUCAUUCCCACGAGGAGCUAUGGAACAGUCUGUCCAAAAUCCUGGAACUUUUAUGAAGGAACAUGUUUUUUAUUAUCCACUUCUGAAUCACCCUGGAAUGAAAGCAGGGACUUUUGUAAAAGGGAAGGGUCUACUUUGGCAAUUGUCAACACGCCAGAGAAACUGAAAUUUCUACAGAACAUAACUGGUGCUGAAAAGUAUUUUAUUGGCCUAAUGUACCAGCGUGCAGAGAAGAAGUGGCGUUGGAUUGACAACUCUGUGUUCAAUGGCAGUGUUACCAAUCAGAAUGAGAAUUUCAACUGUGUGACCAUAGGCCUAACAAGGACAUUUGAUGCUGUAUCAUGUGACAUCAGCUACCGCAGGAUCUGUGAGAAGAAAGCCCAAUGA